AUGAUAAGCACACAAAUUCAAAACAUGCUCGGUUCAUUUAAGAGUCUCUUUGAUGAACAGACCUUCAACGACAACUCCUACACCAUGUUCUUCUUUGCUUUGGUUAUCAAGGAACUCACAUACACUCCAUAUUUCUUAGCGCUUACUGGGAAUAUGCAGUCAUUCAUCUAUAUGUGGACUGAGAUUUUUGCCAAGAUGGUUAAUCAGAUCAAAUUCGAGAGGGAGAUGUUCACUCUUUCUGAUGGCGGCACAAUUGCUCUAGACUGGGUUGUUGAUCACGAAGGAGGAAUCCCAAAGAAAGGACACACUAGACCUAUCCUUUGUAUGUUUUCUGGUCUGGCGGGAGGAAACGAUAAUCUUUACCUGCAGUCUAUGAUCAGGGAGGCUGUGAACUCAUAUAAGAACAAGGACGGAAGUGGACAAGGAUACAAAUGCGUUGUGGUAAAUUUCAGAGGAGCUGCAGGAGUGGCCAUGACGUCACCCAAACUCUAUUGGUUAAACACAUGGGAAGAUAUUCAAGAACCUCUAGACUAUAUCUAUGAAUAGUAUGCCUGUGAUGAUUCUGGCAGAAAGGUGAGAAAUAUGUACUCCUACUCUGUAAGCCUUGGUGGAAGUCUUGUCACUCUAUAUUUGACUAAAGUUGGUAAGAACACUCCACUCAGUGGUGCUGCUCUUUAUGUAAUUCCUUUCAACCUCAGAGACAAUGUUUCCUUCUUUAGAAAGAAUUUCUUCAAAUUCUAUGACUUCAUGAUGGGCUUUAACUAUCACUUGAUAUUGAAAGGCAAGUUCGAUGACUUUAAGAAGGUAAUGCCUCAAGGUGACUAUGAAGUGUAUUGCGACAGAGUUUUGCAAAAUAAAUAUAGUCUUAUGGAUAUUGAUGCCAAUGUAAUGAUUCCUUCUUUCAAAUAUAAGAACCUUGAUGAGUACUAUGAUAAUUCCUAAACAGUCGGUAAGAUUCAGGGCAUUAAGAUUCCUGUGUUUUUCUUGAACUGCUACGACGACCCUUGCAUCAAGCCAGAUCUAUACCCUCACGAUGAAUUCAAGAAAAAUUAGAAUGUCCUUGGUGGUUUUACCUAGAGAGGUGGCCAUUGUGGAUCUUUCACUGGAGGACUAAAACCUGUUCAAUGGUUCCCAAUUCCCUUAGUAAAGUUUUUGGAAUUCUUGGAGGUCAAGCAGAUGAAGAAAAACAGAUGA